UCUUUUGUCCUCUUUCAUGGGAGAGACUUUUCCCAUUUCUUCUUUACUAAGAAGGCAUGUCGUCAAAGUCUUCUCCGUCGAAGCUACGCAGCCAAGCUUAGUCUAUCUUUGUGCGUGUCAUCUAUGAUCGCUUCAUUUUUCCGACGGGAUGGACUAUUUCGCAACCUUGCCGGAAGGCUGCAUAGCCGAAAUCCUUUCGUGCACGUCGGCGGAAGACGCGGCGAGAUUAUCGGCGACGACGAAGGCGUUCAGGGCGGCGGCCGAGUCGGAAACUGUUUGGUAUAGACUCCUUCCGCCGGAUCUCGCCGAUAUCAUCUCGAGAUCGGUGUCUCCGGUGGUGUAUUCCAACGCCAAAGAGCUUUACUUCUCCCUCUGCAACUCUCCCAUUCUCCUCGACGGAGGCAAACUGAGCUUUUCACUUGAUAAAAGGAGCGGGAAGAAGUGCUUCAUGAUAGCGGCAAGAGAGCUGAAUAUUAGUUGGGGGAACAAUCGGAGUUACUGGGUAUUGAAAUCUCACCCUGACUCCAGAUUCUCAAGUGUGGCUAGUCUCCGGUCAAUCUGCCGGCUUGAUAUUCGGGGCAAGAUCGCAGCUCAAACGCUCUCUAAAACCACAAACUACGCAGCUUAUCUUGUGUUCAGAUUACCAGACAACCCCUACGGCUCUGAACCAGCAAAUGCGGUGGUUAGAUUCGCCAGCCGAGAGAGCGUGGAGGAGGCGGAAAUGCGAGCUAAUCGGGUGAUAUUAUGCGGCGCCCAGUUUCACAGACGUGGAUUCACAAGGGAAUUUGGAGGGCAGCUUUGCCGGGAGAGAGGCGACGGGUGGAUGGAGGUGGAAAUGGGCAGCUUUUUCGUCGACGGAGGAGACGACGACGGCGAUGUGGAAGCGCGGCUCAUUGAGACCUUGGACCUUAACUGGAAGAGCGGUCUCAUUGUUGAAGGCAUUGAGUUCCGGCCUAAUUUGAAUUGAAGAGAGAUCUUCUUUUUUUUUUUUUUUUGAAAAAUUGAAGAGAGAUCUUCAAAAGUGGUUUUUGCAUGUCCUACAUUGAAAAGAGGCAAAUUAUAUCAUGAAGCAUGAGCUAAUGAUCUUGUGGUUAGGUAAAUUAUAUAUAUGUUUAAUCUCCGGAUGACUCUUUAUGCUUCAGUAUGUUGGGAAAGUAGUUAUGAUAUUACAUUGUAAUUUGUAAGAGAAUAAACUGUACAAUAUUUUAUGUCUA